UUUGCAUCUGUCAUGUUUGCGUGCGACAGUCCGCAGUUUGCAUUCGCAUAAAACCAAACGAGAAAAUUUCGAUUUCACAUAGAAAAAUAGUUUACUUUUUCGCUCAAACAGUUUAAAUAUUCGAAAAUUUUCGAUCGUUUUGUCCGGCUACCGUAGUUGAUCCGACGUAGUUCCUAGUAGUGCGCAAUUAAUACGACGGUCAAGUGUUUCUGCCAGGAAUUUUCGAGAUAAAAGUGAAUCAGAGCAAAUAUUUUCUCAACUUCAACAAUCCGUACAAACUGGAAAAUGUGAUGCUUAUUGUGGUGCAAUAAGUGGUGUUCCGUGCAGAAAAAAUCGGCUGUUUAGCUGCAGUACAGCUCCGGCCAGAACACGCCCAGAAUGAUCCGGUUGCAGGAGGAUAAACUCCGGAAACAGCAGUUAUUAGUCACUUUCGAUCGCGCUCGGUAUGGAAACGAUAUAGAGGUGCUCUAGUACGAUCGGAACGAGAAGCUGAAACACAAAUCGCAGACGGCGCAACCAACAUUCCUCAUCUGAACCACACACAAGCGGUUGAGCGGCAGACCACCGUACGACUGUAGCCAUACUAGUUGACCAACGUGUGAAUCGAAGAUACUCCUUCACUUUGUGAAAUAGAUCGAAUAAUAGGCAGGAUUUGACCACAUUUUAAAAGUUGUGUUAAGAUUACGAUAGUUUGCAGUAACGUGCAGGAUAACCAGUCUAGCGGCGUAACGUCUUAAACUCACCUCUUCUAUAGUAGAACAAACAGAAUUCGAGCCUUCGAAGUAUUCGCCAAUUUCAAAGUUAGUGUAGCUUAAGCUGCCAGCGCAGCAGCAAAACCUAGUAGCCAUGAGAACGAAACACUUUUUGCUGGUGUUGUUUACAGUGAUAGGAACCAGCUUGCUGUUGAUAUUACUUGGCCCAGCAGGUCAACAAAAUGAUUCGAUUAAAAGUAUCGUGUCACAGACGCAUGAGCAACUGCGGAAUCUAAAGAAUAAUCUUCGGGAGGCAAGUGAACAUCAUCCGGAGAUGGAUCCCAAAUACUUGGCCCAACUUGGGUUUACCCAAUCGAUUUACAAUGGGACACGAUCCAACUUUUCCGUGGUCACAUACGCACUCGCCGGUGAGGUUGCAUCGACUAUCCUCUAUGCACAGAACAUCGCGGCAAAAUUGCCAAUGGAACAACUGCUUAUCUACGAUCUCGGCCUGUUAGAGAUGGAUUUGCACGCGUUACAGUCGUUUUGCAACAGCUCUCGCUGUACUGUGAUAACCUACGACGUUAGCACGCUGCCUUCGUAUAUAACCGAUGAGAAUAUGCAUGCUUUUCGACCAAUCAUCAUUCACGAUGCACUAGCUCGAGCUCGCACGAUUCUGUUUACUGAAAACAGUGUUCGCUUGCGGGGUACCGACAAAGAACUUGCAGCUUUGCGAUCGAAGACUGAAACCGGCAGCGGAGUCAUGGGUUGGACCACACAGCAGGCUGUAACCAGUCGAACUCAUCCGAAAAUGUUCGACUAUUUCGACACGGAUGCGGACAACUUUCUGUUUCUACCGAUGGUUUCGCUAGAUUUCGUGUUCUUCGUUAGUACCCCGACCGUCAACGAUAAAGUCAUGCUGCCAUGGGUACGCUGCAUGCUAACGCCCGAGUGUUUGCACCCUAUAGGUGCGCAGUCAGGUGGUUGCAAAUAUAACAAAAAACCUCAGUAUCGCUACUCGGGAUGCCACGGUUACGAUACUUCCGCGUUCAACAUCAUUCUUGGACUAACUUUUGGUUUCGACGAAAGCAAAUAUUCCACUCACGAAGAACCGGUCAGCUUGUACAUGGUGGAAACCCUCGAACAAGCUACCAAGAUUCUCGAGAACCGACGGAAAAACAUCACCGACACAUCCGAGCAUCCCUUCACGGACGAAUAAUGAGGUGACCUAUCACAUUCUAUCCACCUAUCUCUAUCUCUCCUAGGCUCGUAUGCAUAUACUCACACGUUCUCUCUCCAGAUUAGCCUCUAUCAAUAAUAGAACAACACAAAGGUCAGCACAUGCAGGGGAUAUUGGAGUCAUUUAUCUUAAAGUAUAUCUAAGUACUUUUUACAAUAGUAGAAGGCCCCUUUCGGUCGUUACUUACUUGCAACGGUUUGGAAAUUUAUGGCUCUAGACAGGUACACAGAGAACGAAUGCAAACAGACGAUGCAGUGCUCCAAAAAGUGAUAACAGAGCUCGUGCGAAAUAAAACGAUAACACUCAUACUCUGAACAAAUACGCGGCAAUGCACUGCAAACACAUGCAAGCACGCAGCGCAUGCAUCAUAAUUUUACCUUAUGUUUAACCAGCUAUAAAACCGACGUUCCGGCCGAGAACGGGUUGAACAAACAUUAGUCGUGUCGUAACACAAAAAUGUAUAUACCUACAAAUAAGCAGGAAACGCUUUUUUCGUGACUAUUUAUGUAAUGCGACCAAUUUUGUCCGAAUGUUCGAGAUGUGACUUGUAUGGAUAGGUUAAAAUUCUUAGAAAGUUAAAUUUAUCAGUAUUCUUCACCAAACCAAACAACCAAGACUAAUAAAUUAUAUUCCAAUGGUCUGUUUGAAUUCUUACGUCAAUUUAACUGCACUUUGUACCAGCUAUACUGAGCAGUUUGUAGAAUUUCCCAAUCUCUCGCCAAAGAGAAUCUCGGUUAUGGUUUAACGGAUCGCGUAUCAUUCAAGCAUUGGCAUUGAAUUCUCAAUGGCGAAUCUCAAUGUAAAUUCGAAGGAAUUUCCAGAACCUAAGUUGAACGCUUUAUCAGCAGGAAAUUAUCAAAAUCGUCCAUAACAUGAACUUCACUAAUGACUAAUAUAAAAAUAAUCGUUAUUCUCGAGAAACAGGAAAGGUGUUACUAGUAGUCUUAUUUACCGAUGGGUAUGAUUAGGGUGUAGGCAAAACAAAGAUGAAUAAUUUUUAAAAAAAGACUUACGAAUGUCGCACAAUCAAUGAUUGUGUAAAUAGCGAUAACAAUCUACCCGGAGUGAUGAAUCAUUCGAAGCAAAUGAGCAAACAUUAUUAUCACUCGAAAGAAAGACAACGUAAAACCACUUUCCACAAAUGUUGAAAAUCAAUCAAUGCUAGUUAUUGAUUCUCUUUAGUUAUUCAUCGCAUUCGGAGUCAGUUUUGUGCCCGACCAAUACAAUAAAAACUUGUCCGCGCAAGAUCAUAUAACAUUCUAAACCCAAAAAAAUAGUAUCUAUUAUUUUACAUUUGCCUUUAUAGGUACAUGAUUGGGAUUCGAACAUGUCAUUAAGCGCGUAACAACUGUUCGUAAAUCAAAGAAAUUUGUUUUCAAUUUCGUUCAUGUCUAGCACAUGAACGACUUCAAACUGGCUGUACGAUAAUUAUUGAGACUGGUAAAAGGUAACAGAAAUUUUUGGGACGUUUCCGAAAAAAAAAUAUUGUUUCAAUCUUUCAUGAAACUUAUCUUUCCUAUCCUCAAUGGUAAGGAUCGAACAAUAGUAAAUGUACCCAACGCAUGUGCCGUUUCCAAGUUUGCCUGUAUUUGUUCGUGUAUUUGCUGGUACCGGGUUUUGAACCAGGUGAAAACUAAUUUAAAAGUGGCCAACGAGCGUAGUGGAAAGCACGUACAGGACGUUUAUGAUAAAACGGGAACAAAAACUAGGUUCAGCUAUAAUGUAGAUAGGAGAAAACGCACAAUUUGGAACGCUCAAUGUAUCAUAUGAGAACCGCAGCUGUACGUUUCAAAUCCUGCGCUUUCCGCUUGUCGAAUGAAAAACUGUGAGAAUAUUCAUAUUUCAAGUAAUAAUGCUGUAUAAUAGGUUUGACGAAUUUGUACAAUAUGUAUUAAUCCGUCUAAUUGAAAGUAGAUAUCAUAAAUAAAUAAAACUUCAAAGCAAAGGUUAAAGAAAAUUAAAUGGAAAGCUGCAAACUAAAACAUUUUAACGAUGACGUUAAAGUGGCUGUUUUAGGAUAAAAAAACACUUGCUUCAAAUAAGCCAAACCAAAUGUCAAUAAUACAAAAGUAUUUAUUGCAAUUUAAACACUGUCAGCUGGUAGUACAGUUAGUUUAUCCAUAACGACCAUUAGCGAUAAUUAGAAGACAGUAAGAAUAUUUGAUACCUGGUCGUAAGAUUUGCAGUAAUAUUAAAUUAUUUUAAGAAAAGAACAAUUAUUAGGCAGUCUGGCAUAAAGAUAUAAUAACUUCUAGAAUGUUUAAUCAUAACCGAUCAAAUUGGCAUAAGUAGUGAAAAUCGAAGCAUUUAACCUAAAGUAUCAACAAUUCAUCGAGAACAAAGCUGGUUCCUACUAUCCGCAUGUUUGUUAAAUCCAAUGGGCUCAGCAGUCUUUUGAACUUAUGUCCGGUGAUGGGUUUAAAUUUUGGACAUGUUCCACAAACCGCCACUGUAGCUUCGCAGAACAACACUCGUUUCCAGAUUGAACCAAAAUUUUCAACAAUGAACACCGCUGAACGACAAUCGAGCUUACAACCAUUUCUAGUCGAAUAACAAAUCAAUUUGCGUUCAACUCUGGUUAGCCAAUCACAAAUAGAGCGCAUGUCCAAAGAGAAAAACCAUCUUCUGGCAUAACACUUCAACAGAAGUUUUGCGAAACCGUUCCACUCAGAGUCACAUACAACCACGCCAGUAUCAAGAAACUUGAACCAUAACACAUAUCCUUCAGAAAAACUUGAAACUAACAGCAGAUAUAGCCAUCAAAUGUAAUAAUUCAAGUAUUAUGCAAACACUUAAAACGAAAGCUCUAUUAAAAGAAAAAGUUAGUCGAAAAUGCAACAAAUAUUAAAUAACAAUAGUCACAAAACUCUAACUAGUUUACAUAACCGCACACAGGCAUACUGAUUCGGGUUAUCGUACUAAGCUACGAUAUAAAAAAAGAAAUCGGUUUGAGUCGUCACCGUUGUAGGUUUCAUUGUUACUAAGCCACAAAAAUGUAUAGUUUUCAUGCCAAUCUAAGUCAGCCUCUUGAACAAAAAAAAAUAUUGGAAAUUAUAGAAGCAAAACUGCACGCGACCAGGAACAACUAGAUUUUAUAAGAAAACAAAAAAAUUUGAUAUGUAAUUAUUGCUUAUUCAAUACCAAAACUAGCGGCCCCGCUGCCAGCUAAGGUUUGCACAGCAGGGCGGAUAAAACGGGAAAAAACGCGACCCAACGCGAUAGCGAUGUUUUUCAAUUUGCCUACUAGGUACUACAUUUACACAGUCUGGAAAAUUUUGCACAAACAGUGAGUCAGAAGAAACGAAAAACUAGAAAACUAUGAGCCAUUUUUCGCAUUACCAAAAUUACCGACGGCAAUUCAAGGCGCUUCGUUUUUCUCCUUAGUUCCGAUUUUCGCCAGUUCAAUUCAUACAUACUAAACAGUCUUAAGCGAAGUACGUAUUUGAUUUACAACCGUUACCUUGCAGCUUUCCUCAGCAUAAUUGAAACAGAUUAGUAGAAGUAUCCGGAAAUUAUGAAUAUUAGUGGUGAAUAACGCUAAGUUUGAUUUAUGCUGUUUUAAGCAUAUGGAUAUUCUAUGGACAUUUGUUUGAUAAAAUAAAAUACCAUUAAAAAUCAUUAAACAAA